ACCAUCACCACCGCGAGGACGGGACAGCACCUGCGCACCGCUGCACGCCGCCGCUGCCCGUCUGUUGCCGUGCAAUUGAAGGUCGCAUCCCGAGACCAACCAUGGCCAGCUUUUUCGACCUCAAAGCCCGCAAGGCUGCUGCCGUCGCCAAUGGCCCGUCGGACAACAAGAACCAACGUCACGCCGACGUGAGGAAUCAGCCAUGGGUAGAGAAAUACCGCCCAAAGACUCUCGACGACGUUGCCGCGCAAGACCACACGGUCACGGUCCUCCAACGCACCCUCCAGGCCGCCAACCUGCCACACAUGCUCUUCUACGGGCCCCCGGGUACGGGCAAGACGUCCACCAUUCUGGCCUUGGCAAAGGAGCUAUACGGCCCCGAGAUGAUCAAGGCGCGCGUCCUCGAGCUGAACGCUUCCGACGAGCGCGGCAUCUCCAUCGUCAGAGAAAAGGUCAAGGACUUUGCGCGCAUGCAGCUGACGAAUCCGCCACCACACUACAAGGACAAGUAUCCCGUGCCGCCCUUCAAGAUCAUCAUCCUCGACGAGGCCGAUUCCAUGACCCAGGACGCACAGAGCGCCCUGCGCCGGACCAUGGAGACAUACAGCAAGAUUACGCGCUUUUGCUUGAUCUGCAACUACGUCACACGCAUCAUCGACCCUCUCGCCAGCCGAUGCAGCAAGUUCCGUUUCAAGAGUCUCGACCAGGGCAACGCCAAGAAGAGGCUCGAAGAAAUUGCGCAGAACGAAGGCGUGCUGCUGGAGGACGGGGCGGUUGAUACCCUCAUUCGCUGCAGCGACGGCGACUUGCGAAAGGCCAUCACCUUCUUACAGAGCGCUGCCCGACUAGUUGGCGCGGUUGCACCUGCGAAAACUGCUGCCGAUGCCGAGGAGAUGGACGUGGAUAGGCGCCCAGUGACGGUUAAAAUCAUUGAGGACAUUGCCGGCGUCAUUCCCGACCGCACGGUUAAACAGCUUGUUGAUGCCAUGCGCCCGAGGGCUUCAAAAGACGCCUAUGAUGCGGUUUCCAGAGUAGUCGAGGACAUGGUUGCUGACGGGUGGAGUGCGACUCAGGUGGUUUCUCAGCUGUAUCAGGUCCUGACUACCGACGAGACUAUCCCGGAUCUUCAGAAGAAUAGGAUAGUGAUGAUCUUCUCGGAGAUUGACAAGAGGUUGGUUGACGGGGCGGACGAGCACCUGUCAAUUCUGGACCUGGCAAUGAGGAUAUCGGCCGUCAUGACUGGAAAGUGAUACCACGCUCGUUGGACUACCUACAGCACGAAUGCUUGGUGGAGUUUGUGACAUAUGGAUGGCGUUGGGGCCGGACAUGCAAAUACAUAGACGCAGUGAAUUUCAGGGC